UCCGUUAGGGGCGGCGGGGCGUGGUCUGCCGGAGCCCCGCCCCCCGGCGACUGUAAAUAGAGGCGGCACGUGAAACCGCCCGCUACAGGCGAGGGGACAGCGCGAGUCCCACCGACCCACCCACCGGCUUACCUACCUACUGCUCACCCACUGACUGACUGACUGACUGACUGACCGACCGACCGACCGACCGACUACCCACGCACCGACCGACCGACCGACCGACUGGCUGACCGACUGACCAACGACCCACUCACCCACCGACUGACCGACCAACCACCCACCGCCCGGCUUACCUACCGCCCACCCACCCACUGACUGACUGACCGACCGACCGACGCACGCCCCGGGAGCGAUGAAGGCCGCCCGGAUCGCCCUGCGCACCGCCGCCCCCCUGGCAGGGGCCAGCAGCGGCGGCAGCAGCAGCAGCCGCGGCCGGUUACCGCGGGAAGUGGAGCAGUUUUCCCGCUUCUCCCCCUCCCCGCUCUCCAUCAAGCAGUUGCUGGACUUCGGCUCAACUAAUGGAUGCGAGAGAACUUCUUUUGCAUUUUUGCGGCAAGAACUUCCUGUGAGGUUUGCAAACAUACUGCGAGAAAUUGAGCUUCUUCCUGAUAAAUUAUUAGGCACUCCAUCAGUACAAUUAGUAAGAAGCUGGUACAUCCAAAGCCUAAUGGAGUUGGUUGAGUUCCAUCAGAAAAGCCCAGAUGACCAAAAAGUCUUAUCUGACUUUAUAGAUACAUUAAUUACAGUCCGAAACAGACAUCAUGAUGUGGUUCCUACAAUGGCACAAGGAGUAAUUGAAUACAAAGACAUUUAUAAAGUAGAUCCUGUCACCAAUCAAAACAUUCAGUAUUUUUUGGAUCGUUUUUACAUGAGCCGUAUUUCUACCCGGAUGCUAAUGAACCAGCACACCCUUCUUUUUGAUGAUAAAUCUGGCUCAGGGCACCCAAGGCACAUCGGAAGUAUUGAUCCUUGCUGUGAUGUUGUGGAAGUAGUGAAAGAUGCUUUUGAAAGUUCCAAGAUGUUGUGUGACCAGUAUUAUUUAACAUCUCCAGAACUGAAGCUUACUCAAGUGAAUGGAAAACUUCCAGGAGAGCCAAUUAACAUCGUAUAUGUUCCAUCUCAUCUUUUUCACAUGCUUUUUGAGCUUUUUAAGAAUUCAAUGAGAGCAACUGUUGAAUUCCAAGAAAACAGUCCUUCCCUUUCUCCAAUUGAAGUGAGAGUUGUUCUAGGACAAGAAGACCUGGCAAUUAAGAUCUCAGACAGAGGAGGUGGUGUUCCAGUAAGGAAAAUUGAGCAGCUGUUUAGCUACAUGUAUUCCACAGCACCAAGGCCAAGGAUGGAUGAUGGUCGAAAUACCCCUCUUGCUGGCUUUGGGUAUGGCUUGCCAAUUUCUCGCCUGUAUGCUAAAUACUUUCAAGGAGACCUAAAUCUCUACUCCAUAUGUGGUUAUGGAACAGAUGCUAUUAUCUAUUUGAAGGCUCUAUCAACAGAAUCCGUGGAAAAACUUCCAGUUUUUAACAAAUCAGCUUCCAAGCAUUACCAAGCUACUUCUGAGGCAGAUGACUGGUGUGUCCCAAGUAAAGGCCCAAAGAAUGUAGCAAAGCAGAGUGCAGCUCUCUAAAGAGAAGUUGGUAUUCAGGCACCCAAGGGGAUCAAGCUGGCUUCUCAGAAAAGACUAGUGUUUGGAAGUAUUCAUCUACCUCCAAACAAACAAAUUCUUCAGUUUCAGGACUGGCAGAAGAGAAAGAAGAUAAGGAUGUUAUAGCCUAGGCUGUAUGCACUGAAUGUGAAAUCUUGCUGUGGACUUCAGGAUGAGGAAAACAGGAGCACAUAUGUCCUUAAAGAAGAGAUGUGUAUAGAGGAAAAUCAGACUUUUUUUUUUUUUUAAUGAUCAAAGACUUCAUGUGAUGGAGGCGUGCAAGUUGAGUCCUGUUUAAUGCUUGAAUUCUGAAUACAUAUAAACGUCAGUUAUGCUGGUGUAUAUUUUUCUCCUAGAAUAGUUAUCAGUGGUUCAUCUUAUUACAGAACUUCUCAGGUAGAUAGAUAACACACGUACUUUAAAGCUGUAUUUAUAACAUUUGGAAAAGAUCCACUUAACAUGGCAGCCUUGUAGCCUUGUAGCAAGAAACAGCAUACAAAUACAGCCUGACUGGAAUGGAGUGAACCUUGGGAGGUAGGGAGAAGGUGUUUCCCAUAUGUAAGGAAGUCCCGUUUUUAAAAAAAAAACCAAAGUGUAUUCCAGUAAUAAUUCUUAUGUGGUGCCUUGCUCUGGGAGUUACAUUGCUAUGUUUUUUUGUUAAGCUGUUCAUGGAAAACUAGCCAAGUAAGGCUCAUGUGCAUAAAGUAACUAAGAAGGAAAUCAGGAUAUUUUAGAAAGCUGCUGGAAAGAAAUGGAAAGCUACUUGGUUAUAGCAGCUGUAAGGUUAGGCUGCAUCUAGCCUACAUCCCUGACUCCAGAAAGCAUGUGCCAAGUCAGUUAGGAUUUCCUAAGAACUGAAGUCAGACAUGCAAGUUGAAUGGAAAGGUUUUGGUGAUCUGUAUUACAUAAGCAUGAUGUGGGAAACAGCAUGUUUAAAACAUGGUCUUGUGAUUCCUUUUCAUCGUGCUGUUAGAUUGGUGGCUCAGUACACUAAAGCAAAAAUCUGCUUAUCUAGGUCAAAUUUGUAUUGGACCACAAUAGCUCAAAGAGGUACAUGGGAAUUCUAUACCCUGAAAAUUCUGAUGAGCACUGAAGGUCUGUUUGAAAGGUUUUCAGGAAGAGUGGUGUUGGAAAUGAGAAGUUUCAAAAUAUGAACAGCAGUGAAAAUUAUAGAAUAACUUCUAUGAACAGCAAAAUAAUGGAUGAUUGACACAGGAACAGUGCCAGUGGAGAAGAGCUGUUGGGAAAAUAUUUCAUUCCCAAUAAGCUUCAUUCUUUCCCAUCUUCUCUGUGCAUUUUCCCCCUUGUAAGCAAGAUAAACUUAAUGACAGAAUAGACUUUAAACUAUUGGACAGUGCCAAACUGGCCAGUCAAAGUUCAUCAGGGCUGUAUGAUAUUACUUGAACUUUUUUACUAAUUAGCAUCUUAAGUGUAUGUGAUUCUUUGCAAGAAGUUGCAAGUACAGUAUUUAAAGCAUCCUGCUCAGUUGUAUGACAGUUUUAUAAAACAGAUUUGUUUUUGUUGGACAGAAAGCCACUCCAUACUCUAUUUGGAAUAGCAAAUAUUUUUUUAAUAGGAACGAGAGAAAGCUGGAACUACCUUGUGUUCUAGAAGUCCUGUUGGGAUAGAUUUCUCAAUCAAAAAUAAAAUAGUAUUCUGAGAUGCUUAAUUUCUUUUUAAAACUAAGUUUAGAAGUAUUGGUGAUAGCUACUGAGCAUAAUGACCAGUACUGCAUCAAGGCAGUGUUUAUCCCAGUGAGUAAGCUGGUCACCAGGUCAUGUAUCUGAGCUCAGUUCAAUGAGUGAAAUGGAUAACAAAAAGGAAAUAUUUUUGUCUAGAUUAUACAAGUGUGAAAAAGCUGCCUUAACUGCCAUAAUAUACUUGAGUUUUUGUUGAUUUUUGUAUUGAACACGAGGUCACAAAAACAUACCUGGGUAGUCAUUGUUGUCAAGUAAACACAAACUGUCUGCACAUCUCUGUCUGCACCCAGUAAUGCUUGAAUACAAGUUGUGAUCUCAUCAUAUAUUGUAUGUCUGUAACAUUGCUGCAGCUCUUCCAGGUAGGAAGACUUUUGUCUCUAUGCAGCUGAAGCACACAGGUGCUGUAGACACAUCUAUAGUGUUGCCUGCAGAGAGCAGCUGCAGAACAUACUCGUGAUGCAGACAGAGGUGUGUGUAGCACUUAAGGAACCCACAUGGAAUCUCUGUAGUAGUAAAAAUUACUUAAGGGCCAUCUACCUAAAUAAUAUGGUACUUUUUUUCAGCAUUAACUGAAUUUUUAUUCCUGAAAGUAGAGCUGUGGUUUUAAGCCUUUUACUUGGAUGUACAUGUUGAGAUAAUUUUAUAAUAAAAUCUUUUAAAUGAU